AUGAACUGUUAAGAAUAUAUUCGCUAUUCUGACAUUUUGGAUGGAAAGUAUGAGAUUGAUCAAUUGGAAUCCCUCCACAAAACUGAGAAGUAUCGAUCCACAACCACAGUUCAAACCAAUCAAUACAAAGACUUAAUUGAUGACUUGAUUCAAGUAAUUUAGAAUCUUAUACAACAGGCUCAAAGUAGAUGUGCUGAUAAUAUCUAUCAAUUGGGUUACAUGAUCAAUUCUCAAUCAAGCAAGAGAUUAACUUAAUCUGAAUUUUCAACUCCUAAGCUUAAUAUGUCACAAGUCUCCCAAUUUUCACAAUACCAAACUCCAAGCAAAUCCAAUCAAAGUAUAACUCCAUCUCCUUAAUUAUUUAAUCAAUUGAAUAACGAGUAACACAUAUUACCUAAUUUCAAGAAAUCUUUUGGAUCAAAUCGAAAAAUUGAUCAAGAUUAAAAAAUUGGACCAAUCUAUCCUCUUACGGAUCAUUAGAAAACACAUGUCUAAUUGCCCAUCUUUUGUGUAAUUAGUCAAACAAGAGUUUCGUAAUAGUAUUAAUACUUUACAGUGA